GAGUCAGAGCGUUCCGAUUCAUUUAGCGAGUCGAUUCAUUCUGGCGAUUCGUUUCGUUCACCGAUUCUCAUUCUCAAGCGCGGAGAGCGAGUCGCUCAAAGGAACCGGCUCAAAAACCGACUCAUUCGCGAUGUGGACAUCACUAGCGGCUUUUUGUUAACCAACCUUAUUCACGGCGUGGCUGAGCCGCGGCUUCGGAUAAAACGCUCGUCGUUUGCUUAUUUGCUUUUGCGCGUCGCGGACAGACCUGUUCUUUUGUGAAUAUGACCUCCUCACGCCGAGCGCUUUUGUGCGUAUGAUGUUCUGAAUCUCUUUUUUUCCAUUUACUCGUUUUUUAUACUCUACAUACAUGUGGACAUAUCGAGGGAUUAUUCGACAUGAGAUGAGACCGGGAGGCGAUGUUAUGUAAACCGGAUGAGGACGCGCAUUUUGAUACAUCAAGAAUAUUACCUGUGGAAAAUCCAAUGCGCAGAAUAAGAGGCGAACAGACACUGGUUAUGCGUUUCACUUGACACAUUGAGCAUUUUUUCAUGGUAAUCUGUUUGUAUUGAUAAUACAAUAACUGUUGCACUCUAUAAAGUCAUGCUGACUCAUUUAUUUAGCUAUGAGUGGAUGCUUUUGACCGGACUGUGAGGGAAAUCUUAUAGUCAAUAUUAAUACGCUUAAUAUACAGCAAUUUCCUAUCGAAGCAGGUGGCGGUAGAAAACCUUCAACACAUUUUAAUUCUUUUCUUCAUCCUAUUUUGUGUUAAAGUCGCCACCUGUUUGUUUAGGUUAAUUUGCUCAUUAUUAUUAUUAUUGAUAGUUUAUUAGUCUUUCAUCUAAAAAAAAAAAACAGGAUAGACAGAACACUUGAAAGCCAAUAAUCAGCUUACAGUUUCCAAGUUUACAGCUGCUUGGCACACAUCUCUUGUGUAUUUCCAUUGCUAUUUAAGCCCCCUAAGUGGCUGAUAUCAUUAGUGUAGCACGUCUAGCAUAACGCAUAGAAAUAACAUGGAUGAUGGACCCUCCAACAAUGGCAUGGAGGUCAUGCCAGGGUAUCUGGAGCUGGUCACCAGAGCAUGUACAGUUAUGUCCAGUGCCUUCAGAGACUGUAAAGAUUGCGGGUUGGAGAUGUCCACAAGGACCUUGCUGGACCAUGCACACAUCACCUGCAAGGAGAUCUUCUUGUUCUUCGCGUGCAUGGUCAUGUGGACGCAGAUGCGAAAGGGACUGACCACAUUUGUCUUUCAGCCUUUUGCACGAUGGUGUCACGUUCAGCCCAAAGAUGUUUUGAAGAUGCCGGAGAGCGCGUGGAAGCUGGUCUUCUACUCAAUGUCCUGGUCCUACAGCACUUAUCUGCUGUUUUUUACAAACUACUCUUUCUUUCAAAAUCCUCCCUCUGUAUUUUACGACUGGAGAAGCGGGAUGGACGUCCCCGUGGACAUCGCCAUAGCUUACCUGGUCCAGGGUAGCUUCUAUGGCCACUCUAUAUACGCCACCAUCUACAUGGACGCAUGGAGGAAGGACUCGUUGGUCAUGGUGGUCCAUCACUUCAUCACGAUGGCAUUGAUCACCUUCUCCUAUGCCUUCAGAUAUCACAACAUUGGUAUUCUGGUUCUCUUUCUGCACGAUAUCAAUGAUAUACAGUUGGAGUUCACCAAAGUCAACGUCUACUUCAAAACCCGGGGCGGGAAAGAGCAUCUUAUCAAUGACAUCCUGUCCAACAUAGGUGUAGUUAGCUUUAGCAUCACCUGGUUUUGGUUUCGCUUGUACUGGUUCCCUCUGAAAGUUAUGUGGGCAUCGUGUGUCACCAGCAUACAGACGGUUCCCAACAUCCCAUUCUACUUCUUCUUCAACACCCUGCUGUUUCUCCUGCUCCUUAUGAACAUCUACUGGUUCCUGUUCAUCAUUCUGUUUGUGGUGAAGGUCAUAACGGGUCAGAUGAAGGAAGUGAAUGACGUGCGGGAGUACGAGGAGGAUGAGCAACAAGAAAGAGAGCAUGCAGAAGAUCAGACAUCUGUUGAUGGGAAACAAGUGAAAAACGGCAUCUCCAAGAAACAUCAAUAACGUCUCAGUGCUGCCACCUGCAGGCAGUGAACAGUAAACACAAGAAACUCACGCAACCUAACUUGAUUUUGACCUAAAGGUGCUCGAACGCAGAGAACCAAGACGUUUCUUUUUUUUAAUCAAUGUUAUUUUAUUUGUAAUAGCACUGUGAAUGUUAUUUGGUUGGUGUUUUUUCUGUUAUAUAUUGCUUUGACAAUGUGUAAAGCUGAAGUGUGUAAUUUCUUAGCCAGUAGCAUCCAUAAACAAAAUUGAGAACAGAUAUAGUCCCGCUCCGAAGUCCGAACUCGCUCCAUUGGUAGAUCCAAUGUCGAAUCUUAAAGAAAUGGUACAAUCAGUGCAUGUUAAUCUGACAUAUUAAAAUAUAAAAAAAUGAGACACACUUCAGCUUCAAGUUAAACAAUCUGUCAUCUUUAGUUUGUUAGACACCAAGAUAUCCAACAGUAACAUUUCCAUAUUUUCACUUGUUAGAGACUGAAAAAUAUCCAGGUUUUGUGGUCUUUCGAGGGACCAGCGUUUAUGUUUUGAUGUAUUUAUUUUAAUUCCAGGUAUAAAGGGAAGGGUUUGGUUUGUACCCUGUUAUAAUGAAUACUGGACCGUAGGUUUAGCAGGGUCAUAUGAUAAUCCACAGGUUACCGCAUGCAGGUUAGAACCGCCCUCUCAAUCAAACCUGAAUUUUUACAGUAUUAUUGUGUUUGAAUGUACGCGAUUUAAAGGGAAUAAUUUUUUACGUGUGGAUUACAGCAACCGAAAAAAACACUCUUGCAUUCCUUCUGUAGAAAACCUGUCUGUUUUGUCAUAAUAAUCUGUUUGAGUUUGCUAGCUACUGAAUUCCUGAACGAAAAAGAGAAAAUCGUUCGCAUUGUAAUUUAAUUCGCAUUGAGAACUUUUAAUGAUCGCAAAAAUUGAUUCUUUUUUUACUGUUUCAAUCUGAAGUAUUUAUGCAAAUGCUGUAUUCAGGACUGCAUGACAUGAGAGUACUUACCUACUACAAAAACAAAUGAUACUAAUAUUGUCUGUUUAACCUUAUCGAUCACUCCGAAACAUUUGCAUUGUGUACUUGAAGUGUUGAUUCGCCUGCUGUAUCAAAUGAAUCCAUCUGUUGUGAUCAUGUCUUCCAUACUGUAGGCCAGCUUGAGAGUUUGGUUUUGUUUUGUUUGGGGGUUUAAGCAUUAGGCAAUGUAAAUCACGGCUGUUUUAAAGAAACCCUUGUUUAUGUCAAUUUAAGCAGUUGUCUACGGUGGUACUGUUGAAAGAAUGUAGACAGCUUAUCUCAGGUCUGGAUUCUUCUUACUUUUGUCAAAUCACUGAAUUACAACUAAAUGCAGUUGUGGGCUGGAUGGUUAACCUUUUUGUUUUUAAAUCGUACACUUUAAAGGGAUGCACCGAUACAAAAUUUAUUUGCCGAUACAGACAUUCGAUUAUGUAGAAUGACAUCUAGCGAUACAGAUACCAGUAGUUUUGAUUUUAAUGCAUGUUUUAAAUUAUUAUGUCAUUAAACCCUAGAAGUGCAGAUCAUACAAACUGUAAUUCUGUAAUAGCUGGGUUUCCAUUACUCCGCAUUUUGAAGUAUCAUAUAAGAAACGAAUGAUAUAAACGCCAAAUUUCCUUUUUUAUGAUCACUUGAGGUGGGUUUUGACUUAUGCGAAAGACAAAAAUGUGAAUAAUAGGAGAUGUAUUUGCCGAAUAAAUUCUGACGUAUGGCACAUUUAACCCAUGACAUUGACCGUCUAGCCAUUUCCGCUGUCGUUGUCUUUCCCAUAUAUGGGCCUUGACAUUGUCGCAAUGCCCUUGCUGCUAGUGCCUGCAUCAAAAAUGCUGCAUUCCUUCUUCUGUGCGCAGCAUUCAAUUCGGCAAUUCCAAGCUGCAUGGCUAGUACAUUUAUAACUAGCCCAAUCGUAACUAAAUGCAGUCCUGUCUCCAUAUUCUAUAGAAAAUGUGCCUUGUUUCCAAUACCACCUUUAUUCGCUCGAACAACUUAAUGAAAACGCACCUAAUUGGCAUUUUAUUUUUUGCUAAUUUUGAAAAGAUUUGAUUCACGUUUGAAUGAAAACCCCACUAUUGUGACAAAAUUAUGGAUCGGCGAUAAUUUGGAUGUUAUUGUCAUUGCGCAUCUCGUCAGUAAACCAGUUUUGUGAUUAGAAGUAAAUCUCCAUCAGCUGCUAUCAGAUGGAGCGGCAUUUACUACACAAAGCUGUAGUUUACUUACAAUCGGGGCAAUUUCGCAUUAAUUAUAUUGCCUGCGAUAUGGCCCAGCUUGUCAGUGAACUACGACUUUGUGUAGUAAAUGCCGCUCCAUCUGAAAGCAGCGGAUGGUGAUGUUCUAAUGUGUUUUCUGUCCCUUUAGAUUGAUCAGGGAAGAUUAUAUCCUGGCAUCGGCUGUUUUUAAACAAUCAGACAAUGUCCGCUAGGGUAAAAAUGUUUUUGUCUGCGAUACCGAUUAUAGGCUGAUAUAUCGGUGCAUCCCUAGUUUUAACCCAUGGUUGGGUCAAACCCAACAGUUGGGUAAUAAAUACCCCUAUGGUGAGUUUUUUAAUCCAUGGUUAGGGAACAACCCAGCAUAGGUGUGUUUAUAACCCAAUGGCUGGGUUUGUCCGUAUUUGACCCAGUCGUGGGUUAAACAACCAAAAUUGCUUGGAGCAAAUGCACUAUAAUUGAAACACUGAAAUUAUACCAUUCAACAAUUUUGUUAUUGAGAUAUUCUUUAACAAUGUGUUAACGGUCUAGGAACGUGCCAAAAAUGAAACCAUUGGUGAGUGUUAUGACAAAGUAACUUGGGGUCUGAAGUGUCCAGAGAAAUUGCUUUGGGUAUAUGGUUAUAAAUCUGGGCUUAUUCCAAUGCUAUUUAAAUUGCACUGUAAUUUCGUACUAUUAUUUCUAUUGUAUAAAAGAAGUAAUAACUGGGGAUUUCUACAAAUCACCACGAACAAAGUUAUUAGAUGCUUGUUUUAUUUAAAUCUUGGACCAUUUAACGAUUUGUUUUCUUUGAUUUUGUCUGAUACCGAAUGCGUGUCAGGUCUGAUCGGUUUUGUAAAGGAAUAAUUUGUCUUAUUCCAAUUGAAUUAGAAGCUGUUUUUCCAUUCAAAUAAAACUGGUUGAAAAGAAA